GAAAUUCUGUCUAGUGGCAUUCGAUCACAGAAUCCAUUGACAGCUGCAUAAAUGACUAUAAUUUGUUUUUCAAUUGGCAGUGGUGCAUAUUGUGGUUGUUUCAGUACUUCUGUCAGCCUUGCACCUCUAUUGAGUAAUGCCUGAGUCGCUGCAUCAAGGGAUGUCAAUAAUUUGGAUGCGGGAACAGAGACAAAUGCCAAUUUACACCAUGAACUGUAUUAUCAUUUCUUGGGUACAGAUCAAUGUGAAGAUAUCUUGUGCUGGAAAGAUUUAGAUAACCCAAAACAUUCACGUUCAGCAUUAGUAACCGAAGAUGGGAAGUAUGUUAUUCAAUCUAUUUUUGAGAACUGUGAUCCCGUAAACAAAGUCUACUUCUGUGACUUAUCUGCAUUACCUAGGGGGCUUGAGGGUUAUAAAGGAACAAAUGAGAUGCUCCCUUUUGUGAAACUCAUUGAUACCUUUGAUGCAUCAUAUGAGUUUGUUGCCAAUGAUGGCACUGUGUUCACCUUUCGUACUAAUAAGGAUGCUCCCAAGUACAAAUUAGUUAGGUCAGAUAUUAAAGAACCUGGUUCUUGGCUUGAUGUAAUUGCAGAGGAUGAAAAAGAUGUUCUUGAAUCUGCUGUAGCUGUGAAUAAGAAUCAAUUGGUUGUAAGCUAUUUGCGUGAUGUGAAACAUGUUUUACAGUUGAGAAAUAUAGAUACGGGCAUGCUUAAGCAGCAUUUGCCUAUAGAUAUCGGAACAGUGUCUGGAAUCUCUGCUCGCCGUAAAGAUAACAUAUUUUUUGUUGGCUUUACAAACUUCCUUGUCCCUGGGAUUAUUUAUCAGUGCAACCUUAAAACUGAUGUUGCAGAAAUGAAAAUAUUCCGUGAAAUAGUUGUCCCUGGCUUUGAUCGGACAGAAUUCCAAGUCAAUCAGGUCUUGGUUCCCAGUAAAGAUGGUAUUCGUAUACCAAUGUUUAUAGUAGCUGAAAAAGAUAUUUCUUUGGAUGGAUCACACCCCUGUUUACUCUAUGGAUAUGGGGGAUUUAACAUUAGUAUUACGCCGUACUUUUCUGUUGCUCGGCUAGUGAUUGCAAAGAAUUUAGGUGUUGUUUUUUGCAUAGCAAAUAUUCGUGGUGGUGGGGAAUAUGGAGAAGAAUGGCAUAAAGCAGGCGCUCUUGGAAAGAAACAAAACUGCUUUAAUGAUUUCAUUUCUGCUGCUGAGUAUCUCGUCACUGCUGGUUACACGCAGCCUAGCAAGCUGUGUAUUGAAGGCGGAAGCAAUGGUGGGCUUCUUAUUGGAGCUUGCAUCAAUCAAAGACCUGAUCUUUUUGGAUGUGCUCUUGCGCAUGUUGGUGUUAUGGACAUGCUUAGAUUUCACAAGUUUACAGUUGGCCAUGCAUGGACAUCUGAUUAUGGGUGUUCAGACAACGAGGAAGAAUUUAAUUGGCUGAUCAAGUACUCGCCCUUACAUAAUGUCAGAAGGCCGUGGGAACAAACUCCCAUUAAAGCUUCUCAGUAUCCAUCAACCAUGCUUUUGACAGCGGAUCAUGAUGAUAGGGUUGUGCCAUUACAUUCACUAAAAUUAUUAGCGACCAUGCAAUAUGUAUUAUGCUCAAGCAUGGAGAAAAGCCCCCAGCGCAACCCCAUUAUUGGUAGGAUAGAACAUAAAGCUGGGCAUGGAGCCGGACUUCCUACAAAAAAAAUGAUUGACGAAGCUGCCGACCGGUAUGCGUUCAUGGCUAAGGUGAUGGGUGCAACCUGGCUUGAAUAGAUGGAUGAUCGUCGUCGAAGUAAUUUUUUCUUGUUGCCGUGCAAUUGACUUUAUAGUGUGGUGAGAUGAUAACAGUUUUUGGUGACUGUUCUAAUUGGCAGUUUGGCGUGGGCUGCUUAUGUAUUUGCGGUAUCAUAGACUGCCCCUUGGAUAUGCUUUAUGAUCAUGUUAACUCACAAUAACAAUACUCUUCUGAAAUAUUUGCGGCUGGUGGGGGGGGGGGGUUGGGGCAGAAUUUGAUUAUCCUGUCGCUCAUUUUGUUGUCAUUGAUACAAAUAAUUUGUGCUUUGGAUU